AUGGGGAGGGGGCGCCCCCGGCCGCAGCAUCCCCGGCGGCAUGGGAGGAGAGGGCAGCGCGGCAGGGAGCCGCCCGCCGGGCCCCGGCGCUGUCGGCGGCGGCGCAGCAGCGCUGGCGGCGGCGGGGCCGAGGGGAGGGAGGGAGGGGUCCGGCCCCGUGCGGUCGCGGCGGAGCCGGCGCUGCGGCAGCAGCAGGCGCGGCGGGGCGGAAGUCCUUUGUUGCAGCAGCAGCGCUGCCAGCAGCACUGCCAGCGCUGGUACUAGCAGCGGGAGCAGCGGUAGGAGUAGGGGUAGCUCCCCCUCGGCCCCCGCCGCCGCCGCCACCGCCUCGCCCCGCGGGGCUAUAAUUGAAGUACAAGAUGGCAAGAACCAGCCACAGCAACUAUGUUCUUCAGCAGCUAAACAACCAAAGAGAAUGGGGGUUUCUGUGUGACUGCUGUAUUGCUAUCGAUGAUAUUUAUUUUCAAGCACAUAAGGCAGUCCUUGCUGCAUGCAGCUCCUAUUUUAGGAUGUUUUUUAUGAACCAUCAACACACUACAGCCCAGCUGAAUCUGAGCAACAUGAAGAUUAGUGCUGAAUGCUUUGAUCUUAUUUUACAGUUCAUGUAUUUAGGAAAAAUUAUGACAGCCCCUGCCAAUUUUGAGCAAUUUAAAGUGGCCAUGAACUAUUUACAGCUAUAUAACGUACCUGAGUGUCUAGAAGAUAUACAGGAUACAGACUCAUCUAGUUUAAAGUGCUCAUCUUCUGCUUCUAGCACCCAGAAUAGUAAAAUGAUAUUUGGCGUGAGAAUGUAUGAAGACACGCUCAUUAGAAAUGGCAGCGAAGCAAACAGGUGGGGCAUGGAGCCGCCAAGUUCAACAGUUAAUACAUCCCAUAACAAAGAGCCCGACGAAGAAGCUUUGCAGCUAGGCAGUUUCCCCGAGCAACUGUUUGAUGUCUGCAAGAAAAGCACCACCUCCAAAUUCUCUCACACAAAAGAGCGUGUGUCCCACUCACGCCGUUUUGGAAGAAGCUUCACCUGUGACAGCUGUGGGUUUAGCUUUAGCUGUGAAAAGUUACUGGAUGAGCACGUGUUGACGUGCACUAACAGGCAUUCGUACCAAAGUGCCAGGUACUACGGUGCUGAAAAACUAGACUUUAAUGAAAAGGACUCUACUUCUAAAAUCUCUACACAAACAGAAAAAUACAAAGGGGACUCGAGCCAGGCUGCUGAUGAUUCUUCGUCUCCUGUGUCCAACGUUACAAGCAGGAAAAGCAGCACAGUUGCAUCAGAGACAUCAGGUGAAGAAGGAAGUAGAGCCUCUGAGAGGAAGAGGAUUAUUAUCAAGAUGGAACCAGAGGACAGCCCUGCAGACGAGCUGAAAGAUUUUAAUAUUAUUAAAGUGACAGAUAAAGACUGCAAUGAGUCGUCUGACAAUGAUGACCUAGAUGAUGAGCAGGAAGAGCCGCUUUACAGGUACUAUGUUGAGGAAGAGAUCAGAGAGAAAAGAAAUGCUCGGAAGACUUUAAAACCCCGUUUAUCCAUGGAUGACGAUGAAAGAAAGUGUUUACAGAGUCCACGGCACCUUAACAGGAAAGCUCCUUCAGUACAGGAAGAUGUGGAGAACGCUCCCUGUGAACUUUGUGGGCUAACAAUCACCGAGGAAGAUUUGUCCUCUCAUUAUUUAUCCAAACACAUAGAAAAUAUAUGUGCCUGUGGCAAGUGUGGUCAAAUACUGGUCAAAGGCAAACAGUUACAAGAUCAUGCACAGACCUGUGGAGAACCCCAGGACCUGACCAUGAAUGGUAUCAGAAAUUCUGAGGAAAAAAUGGACUUGGAAGAAAACCCUGAGGAGCAGUCAGAAAUAAGGGACAUGAUGUUUGCCGAGAUGCUAGAGGACUUCAGGGACAGUCAUUUCCAAAUGAACAGCCUUCAAAAAAAGCAGUUAUAUAAGCAUUCUGCAUGUCCUUUCCGAUGUCCUAAUUGUGGUCAACGUUUUGAAACUGAAAACCUAGUGGUUGAACAUAUGUCAAACUGCCUAGAGCAAGAUCUGUUCAAGAAUUCCAUGAUGGAAGAGAAUGAAAGAGAUCACAGACGUAAGCAUUUCUGCAAUCUUUGUGGGAAAGGAUUUUAUCAGCGUUGUCACUUGAGGGAACACUAUACUGUUCAUACCAAGGAAAAACAGUUUGUUUGUCAGACAUGUGGGAAGCAGUUCUUAAGAGAGCGCCAGUUGCGGCUCCACAAUGAUAUGCACAAAGGAAUGGCCAGCGUGCCACGCCUCAUCCCGAGAACCUAGAAUUUCAGAAGUGUCCAAUUCCUUUGAUUUUCUUGUAAGUCAGAGGGAUACCUCUUUUGGGCAGUAUGGUCUUGUGCCCCAUAUUAAUAAUUGUUUUCUAAAGUACGCAUGUGUCUCAUGAUGGAUUAAAAAGUACAACUCUAACUUUUACCAUUCAGAGAAAACAUAAAAAGGUUUAAUCCUUUCGUAUGCCUUCUGGCAUACUAAAACUAUAGUAAGUCUUCCUGCAACUACAACCACAAAAACAAUGCUGUUUCUAGCAUUUCCUGUGGGAGAAAAAAAAAAAAUCGAGCCCUUUCAGAGCUGUUCAAGAACUUCCCUCUCAAUGACUACGUCCUGAUGCUGGCGUUGUUUUUAUUCAAACUGUGAUUUUCAUCAAUGAGAUUUUUGGGUGUAUAUACAUUUGUGUGUGUGUGUAUUGUAAAUGAGAUGAUCUCAGACAAGUGUGCCUUGUGGUUCCAUAGACAUCACAAGACUCCUGACAGGGAAUGAGAAGAGAGCAUUCCUCAAAGGUCUCAAAAUCCCGGAAGCUGGGUGGACUGUCAGAAAUCCACCGGGAAAUCCAGGGCUAUCUGUAAAUCCUUGGUUUCCAAACCUGUCUGUAAGGCAAAGUGCCGUCCGUGUCAAUGCAUUGCCAAGGUCUCUGCAGCAGUAGUGUUGCCAGCAUGAAAGAUGCAAAAAUCAGCCCUUCCCUUGGGCUUGUUCUCUUUCUUCCCUGUUACGAGGUUGCUAUGUUAAAAAGUCAUCCUUUCAGCUGUUCUGUUUGUGAAGACGAGGGCUAAAAAAUUGCCUUUUUCUGAUAUGUUCAUUUGAACCUACUGCUUUAAAAAAUAAAUGAUAAAAGUAGUGAGAGUCAGUGACGCAGUGAUACCUAUCCUCUCCUUUUUUAGGUAACUGUCCCACUACACUGAGGAUGGUUACCAGAGGGGCAUCUGCUUCUGAGUCCCCAGAAAAUGAAUAGGAAGAAUAAUGUGAUGUUCUCUCCAUGGAAAACAAAACAAAACACAAGACCAUGAAAGUCUGUGGAAAUACCAAUACACUGACUAAGAAUAGGGGGUUCUGAAUAUCAUAGAUUAAUUUUGGUUUUGGCAAUAAAUACACCAGGCCUGUGGUGUCUGUCACACUCCUUUCUUUUAUAAAUGUCAUUGUUAGAGCAUUUUUUCGGGGUGUAAAAGAUGGCACUUCUCUUCUGUCCCUGCCUACAGGGUUUCUACAUCCCAUGAGAGAGUUCCAACUAACAAACUGCUGAGAUUCUGGUUUCUAGCCAUUGGUUAUUUAAUUAUUUAUACAAAGGAGAAGUAUUUUGAGAUGAAAUCUACACUAUCCUUCCUUCAGCAGAAGGAAAGAUACAGUAUUAGUGUAGGGGGAAAUACAGGGAAGCGACCCUGGGAACUGAUCUUAGUACCUCCCACAGCCCAGGAGAGCUCCGAUCUCUGAGCUGCAUUGCUAUCAGAUAGAUUAAACCUAAUUUUUUUACACUUAGAUGUAUUGUAACGCCCAGCACCAAUUACAGUCUGGGUGCCUGGACGUAUGAGGGUAAGCCCCACCCAGUCUGCUUUCAGGCGGGGUUGUGUUUCACAUAACUUUCACUGGCUGAUGCUAACGUUGCCAUUCUGCCACAAGAGACAGUUCCUGACAAACAGUAACUUAAAAAAUGAAAAAAUGUAUUAAUUAAGACACAAGAAACCUCACAGUAAUUAUUACAAUUCUUUCUGCUUUAUUUUGCUGUGCAAACAAACAGUUAAAUAGUUCAAAGGCAUUUUUCUUUGUAGAAUGUUUAUUUGAUUGAGUUCAGUGUGGCUUAGACCCCAAAUAAAAAUACUAGUUUCAAACAGAGCACUACUAUAAAAGUAGAAAUAGUCUGUGGCCUUCUAGACCUCACAAACUAUGUUGGUUUGUUACACAGAGUCAAAACAAAGAUGUCCCUUAAAACGCAUGCACAUUAACUCAGUGUCUUUCAUAUGCCACAACCUUUUAUCUCAGAUCAGCUUUCCUCCCCACUCACUAUGGCUGUGCCAAAAUCCCUGAGAUCCUCGAUGAGCUAUAGACUACUCAGCAAAAAUCAUGCCGUGUAUGAAUGGGCUGUCUAACUUAGAUUAUUAGAGAACAGGCUUUGAGAGCUACUGCUCCUGUUUACUGAGCUUGAAGUACUACAUCCUUCAGAUUUUAGAGCAGGGCUUAUCUUCCCUUCCUGAUCCCCUUUACAUUAAAGAAAGCAGGGGGACGAAAAACCCUGUAGAUGCUUCUCUUUUAAACGAAGCCUGGAAGAUACUGUUAGUUGGGUUGGUGCUGGCUUUUUUUUUUUUUUUCUUUUUUUUUCUUUCUUCCUUAGGUCCUUAGUUGGCUGAAUAUUCAGAUUUCUAAUAAAUAUGCUAAGCAUUAAAAAAGCAUUAUUAGUACGUGGUGAGAUAGACCGCGUUCAACCACUUAAUGUAACAGUCAAACCCAUGCAGAUGCUACUAGUACAGGAACCUGGUAUCGUGCCAAAUCUGGAGAGUUAUCUUUGAUCUAUCUCCAGAUCCCCCUUUUAUUUGUAAACAUCCAGCUAAUCACAGACUUCCUCUGACUUUUAUGAAGUGGAAAAAACUGCAUCCUUUGUAACAUCUAUGCAGUUUGUUAACUUUGCAGAUGUUCAUGGAUUUGUGCGCUGGGAGGUAUGAGCUCCAUCUGGUGGCUGACUUAAAACACGCACAUUUCGACUUAAAAGGCAGACUGCAGUUUAGCAGAGUUUAAUGUGACGAGUGUUGAAGAUCCUCUGUGUAUUCCUACAACAACUUCUGUUUUUAGGGUAGCUAGAAGAUUUUAGAGUCUGGGAGGAGGGCACAACGUUUUACCUCUAAUGUAGCUCACUGUGGGCUACAAACUAUUACCAACACCAGCAGUACUUUGGUAUUCAUAGCUCUGCACGUACACCACAUGACCACAGUUGGCACUAAUUAACGGUAUUUCUGCAGUCUCAUUGGAAAAAUGUAAUUUAAUAUUCACAGGCAACCCACCUUCCCACACUCAGGGUGGUCCCACACAGCACAGUUGGUGUAUUUGAGGGUGGUGGUGUAAAGAAGCUCAGUCAUGCCGCAUGACUUGUGUGUGAUCGGCAAGUAACGGGGAUCUUUGGAAAAUGUAGGCCAGCAUCUUAACAAACAUUGGUAUUAAGCAUUGAUAUUGCCUGGGUAAAAAUAAUGUUCAUAUGCAUAUCGUAAUUACAAUAUUUUUUCUCCUUUGUUAAUUUAUAAACAAAAAAAAAUGCAUUUCCUGACCUUUGAGCUAGUCACAUAAGAGCUUCUUUCAGAUAACAGCAGCAGUCCAAUGAAUUCCCCACCAAGAUUCAAAGCGUGUAGUAGGUAGCUGCAUUGACCAUACUCAUACUCGCUGCCAGAACCAGCAGCCUGUUGAAGCUAGCAGUGUGCCCAAAGGUGUGCCAGGAAAUUCAGCCUUCAGGAUGCUCUAGCAGGUAUGCAGUGCUGAUAAACCUGGCUUCCCGUGCAGCCUUGAAGCCCGUCCUGCUCUGCAGUUCAGAUGCAACCACUAGGUCCACUGCUGUCAUCGUGCCCUUAGAACAUCAGGUGUUAAUUAGCCAGUAGUUAUGUGAAAGUGGGACAAUCGUAUACUUUGUACAACGUGAUUUACCUACCCAGAGAAAGAAGUCAGUGAUACCAAGAAAAAACCCUCAGAGGAUUGUCUUUAAAAGUUGCAUCCACAUGUUUCCACUUUCUUGACUGUUCGUAUCGGAUACAAAGCUGCUCACACGUGUCGUAAAUUAGUGUGGUCCAAAAAAAUCACAGGAAUUGCAAAUAUUUAUAUCAUUUAGCUGCAUUUAACCCAAAAUAAUAAUACUGGGGAGGGUGAGUAAAUACGUAACAGUCAUCCCCGAAUGAGGCAAGUAAAAACAAUGAAAAUGAAUGAAGAGGCAAAUAUGAGGCAGUAAGAAGUGUUCCAGAGCGGUGGGUGUUCCAAGCUAUGAGAAGAGUAGGCUGAAGGGAAAUAAUACUCAUGUAACUUUUCAAGCAUCCACUAAGCCAAGCCGUAAACCACUGCUGGAAAGUUACACAUACAGCAGCAAAAAUAACCUCUGGGAGGCUUAGGAAUUGAAGUUUUUCUUCAGAAAAUCUUUAUUUGUUUAGAAAAUGAAAAGCAAAGGAGAAGGAAAGAAACAAAUGAAAAGUUUCUGAAACAAGAUCAGAACUUUGUUUAAGGUUAAGUCGUGUUUUGGUGGGGUAGGGCUUGAAGGAAAGGAACCAUAUGGCUUUUAAACAGAGUUCCCUGCUGUGAUGGGUGCUCUGAAUAUAACUGAAGGUUGGUAUUUAGAGCAAAACCACACCACAGUGAGGUGGGAGGGACCACAUCAUGCUAGCAAAUAUAGUACUAGAGUGUGGGCUUCUGACUUUUAAUAUUUUUCUUGCAUUUCUUUUCUGCA